AUGGUGAGAGACAAUUUGUCGAAUAACAAGAAGGAAACAGUAAUAACAAGUGGGAGCAUUGGAGAAGGACUUGACAUGCGAGGAAGUGAUUUUGAUAUUAUGUUUGUGACCAAAUUCGUUGAGGUUAUUGAAAAUGUACAACCUGACUUUGAUAUACGUAGACCUUAUUUGUCCAUGGAUACAGACGAUGUAAAGCCUUGUUAUACUUUAUUAAGACUAGACUAUAGCAGAGAUUCGUUUCGUCUUUUUCAAUUAUGUGAAGAACAUUAUGGUAAACGUUAUUUUUCUAGUGCAUUGUGUAAGGGAAAUAUGUUAUUGUUAUUGAAAGAAGGCAACCAAAUUCAUGGACCGUGUAUAUCUGACAGAAAUGGAGUUUUUGAUCAUGCCUUUUCUUUACAUGGUAAAACGUGGAUAUCUUCUGCUGUAAAUUGGAUAACAAGAUCAGGUAGCUCAUGGCCGAGUCAUAACGUCAUACAAAGUAUUAUAAAACACGGAGUACUUUUUGUACCGAUCGGAGUUCACGGAUCACCGAAAGAAGAUCUAGAAUGGCGAGUAUCUUUUUCAGUAGCUGAAAAACUUCUAAUUAAUACAUUUACUCACACCCAAUUAAUGUGCUAUGCUCUCUUGAAAAUAAUUUUGAAAGAUGUUAUAUCAAAUGAUUCUGAAUGUAAAGAUUUACUCUGUUCGUAUUUCCUUAAAACAAUUAUGUUCUGGAUAUCUGAAGAACUACCAUCAUCUGUAUGGAAACCUGAUAAUCUUAUAACUUGUUUUAUGCGAUGUUUCAGCAGGUUAGUCUAG